AUGGGGUUAGAGUAAUAGAACGUUUGUUGACCGUAUGUGUCUUUGCGAGGGGGCGUUAUCGCAUUUGUGCGUUGGUAAAAUAUUGUGCAUCCAUUUUCAACAUUCGUUCAACGAUAUUAAAACUUUUGCCACCCGGCGGGUAACGACGUGAACUACAGCAGCGUCUCAGAGCCCGGAUGGAGCAGCCAUUGGGGAAGUGUAUAGGGCUUUAACGUAACUGAGGCUGGGUUCUAUCUGUGGAAUAAAAAAGACUUAAGUACAACCGAAGACAGAAAUAUUCGAGAUACUAAGGGCACCACUCGGUGACACAUUGUAGCCCUGAAAACCUCAAGAAGGACUUAACUGCUUGGGGACACAGUAUCCGAAGCGACUGAUUUGAACUGUGGAAGUUGGGAUACGUCCACACAGCGGAAAAUACUCAGCUGAGCCUGCGCUACAACUGCUAGCCACAUAGCUAACUACAACUAAGCUGUGAACUUGCUUUCAAAUCACGGGGAGUGAAAUUCAGUCUCAAGCUCAGGCUCCGUGAGAAUCCAGGGACUUGCUUAAUGAAUUAUGUCUGCCACAAGUAUUGACCCUCAGAGAUCAAAGGGACAAGCAUCUAAAGUGCAAAAUGGUUCGCUUCAUCAGAAGGAGACUGUCCAUGACAAUGACUUUGAGCCAUACCUCACUGGUCAAUCAACUCAGAACAACAGCUACCAGUCCAUCACCGAUCCUUACCUGUCCAGCUAUUAUGCUCCUUCCAUUGGCUUUCCAUACCCCCUAAGUGAAGCUCCCUGGUCCACAGGUGGAGACCCUCCUAUUCCUUACCUCACGCCCUAUGGACCUUUGAGUAAUGGAGACCAUCACUUCAUGCCAGACACUGUGUUUGGCCAACCAGGGGGUCUGGGAAGCAGUAUCUACCCACACAGGUUUAACUUUUUCCCUGAAAAUCCUGCCUUCUCUGCUUGGGGAACAAGUGGCUCCCAGGGCCAGCAGACUCAAAGUUCAGCUUAUGGUGGCAGCUAUAGCUAUCCUCCCAGCUCUCUGGGAGGCACUCUGGUGCCUGAUGGUCAGACGGGCUUUCAUAAUGACACCCUCAACAAAGCCCCUGGUAUGAACAGCCUGGAGCAGGGAAUGGUUGGGUUGAAGAUCGGAGGAGACGUCCCUGGUCAGGGUUCUGGAGUCAAGGCAGUAGGAUCUGUGAUUGGUGGACCAGCAGUAGCAGCCACAGGGAAUGGAGCCACACCCAUAGGCAUGCCUCCGCCUAAACCCACCUCCUGGGCAGCCAUUGCCAGCAAGCCUGCCAAACCUCAGCAGUUGAAAACUAAGGUGAAGCCAGGGAUGCCCAAUCCAGGGGGAGCUCUUCCCCCACCCCCCAUCAAACACAACAUGAACAUUGGGACCUGGGAUAAGGGCCCGGUGACUAAAGUAGCCACAGCCCCACUGCAGCAGCAGCAACAGCCUCUCGGCCUGCCUCACGCCAUGCCACCUCAAGGCCCCAUGCAGCCUCCUCCUCAGUCUCUAGUGCAGCCCCAGAUGCAACCUAUGGCCUUACAGCACCAGCCCCCCCAUCACCAGCAUCACCAGCCACCACCUCAGCCCUACCAAAACCACACCCAGCCCCCACAACCCCAGACCCGUUGGGUUGCACCACGCAACCGCAACCAAGGUUACGGGCAGAGUGGCCCAGGCCAUGAUGGGAGUGGCGUAAUGGGCAUGGUCGGUGGUGGGAAAAAUGGCCCCCAAAUGUCUGCUAACCAGGGGCCUGGUGGGGAGUCCCACCCAGUGCUGGAAAAGCUGCGUGCCUCCCAUAGCUACAACCCCAAGGACUUUGAAUGGAACCUCAAGAAUGGUCGUGUUUUCAUCAUUAAGAGCUACUCUGAGGAUGAUAUUCAUCGUUCCAUCAAAUACUCCAUCUGGUGCAGCACGGAACACGGCAACAAGCGGCUGGACUCAGCUUUCCGGGCUAUGAAUGGGAAAGGUCCUGUAUACCUGCUUUUCAGUGUCAACGGCAGUGGCCACUUCUGUGGCGUGGCAGAAAUGCGUUCACCAGUGGACUAUGGGACCAGUGCUGGUGUUUGGGCACAGGACAAGUGGAAAGGCAAGUUUGAUGUGGACUGGUUGUUUGUUAAGGACGUGCCUAAUAGCCAGCUGCGCCACAUCCGCCUGGAGAACAACGACAACAAGCCAGUGACCAACUCCCGUGACACACAAGAGGUUCCUCUGGAGAAGGCCAAGCAAGUGCUCAAGAUCAUUGCCACCUAUAAACAUACCACCUCCAUCUUUGAUGAUUUCUCUCAUUAUGAGAAGAGGCAGGAAGAGGAGGAAGAGGUGCGCAAGACCUUUGAACCUCCUCAGAUACAGAACCGCUCUCGGUUGGAUCAGGAGCGCCAAAACAGGAAUAAACAGUAGAAGAUGAUAAUCCUUGGCUUGAUCAACAGUUACACUAGGACUUGAUUCAAAGACAGAAGAAUAUGAAAAUGCAACGAAGCCCUUCAAUUUUGUUUUCUAUUUAAUCCUGGUGAAACUCUGCCAUUGUGACUUGUGCUUUUCGCCCCAUCCACCACCAAUUCUUGUGCAGGGAUAACAAGCUGAGUAAAUGUAUUACCUAGUGGCCACCACACUCUGUAUUUCAGGUUGUUUUUUUUUGUUGUUUUUUUAAAAGUUUUGUUUGAUUUUUUUUAACAUACUUUUCUUCCCAAUCCAUCACAUACUCUUCUCUACCCAGACUGGUUUUCUCUCUCUUGCCCCCAUCUCCUCCUCUUUUCAAUUGAAUCAGGGUUUGACUGCAAAAUGGAGAAAAACAAAAUCUGCCACUUUAUAUUUCAGUACAAUCAGGAACAGAUGUGUCCUGCCCCUCUUUGUCCAUUCGGGGGCAACAUUGCCAUGCUUCGUAGAUUUAACUGUGCCAACAGGGUUGGAGGAUCCUAAAGGCAAUGUCAGACUUGGAACUGUGUGAUACUAAAACUUCAAUGGUUUAUCUAUUUUUCAUUCGAAUCAACAAAAUCUCUAUUUUUUGGCCUACUACUGACGAUGUUCAUUUCAGAAACCUGUUUUCUGGAGCCUUAAUGUUUUAGUUUUUUUUUUUUUUCUUCUAAUUAUUGACUUCUCAAAAGAACUGCUCAACAGACACUGCUGGAGAAAUCAGGGAUAGUGUGAAGUCACACGGGACUCGAGACAUUUCAGGGGAGGAUUUGCUAAGGUUUCUGGGAAAGUGAUAACGGAUGUAUCCUCCACAACCAGAACUCGCACCAUUUAAAUCAAAAAUUGUACUAUUGACACCUUUCAUACCCCUCUUUGUUUUUUUUGGUUUGUUUUUUUAAAUGUUUGUCCUGAAUGGGUCUUUUGUAUUUUUCAUCAGGAGAUUCUGCUUGUGCACACAACCCAGUCUGAGAGAAUUGUUGCAUCCAUCAUUUUAAAUUGCUUUGUCACAAUAAUGUAAUGAUGUAACUGCUAAGUUGAAUGAUUUAUUGUAUUGGGUUUUUUUGUUCCAUAAAAAAGGGGGAGGGAGGUUUCACAUAUUUGUCCAUUCACCGUCAUUCUGUCUUAAUCCUCUUGUUUUUUUCUUUAAUUUGAUUUUGCUAAGUCUGUCAUGUCGGUCGUAAUGCUAAGCUUUAACGUAGGAGCCUAUAUAUUCAUGGAGAAAGCCUAAAAUGUAUAACCUAAAAAUUAAUGUAACUGAUUUACUAUCAAGUAAGAAAAUAAUAAGAAUGAAAUGUGGUUUCUGUGUGUGUUUUUGGUUGUUCCACCUAUAGUUUGUUUAGCCUGAAACUGUUGAUUAUAAUGCGGUAAGUUCUGAUGUCUGUUGAAAGGAGGAAACAAAAGAUAAACUUCCAUCAGUAAGUGAUGUUUUACUCAUUCGCGGCAAGCUGUGCGACAGCGACUGCUGGAGAUGAUAACACUGCUCUCCUCCUUGCAGCUCUUUUUUAAGGUGACAUUGCUUGUGGGUGUCCCUGUUGGUGUCUGACUUAUUUUUGAACAUCUAAAGCCUGACUGCAGCAUUUGGGAUCAGUGGCGUCUCACCUCCUGUUUAUUUUGAAGUUACUAUGUAGAUAUUAUGUGUGUUUAGUAUAGAAAAAUGCUACUAAUAGAUAUGGAUGCCUUUUUGUUUUAAGGGGUCUCAUUUGUGUAAUUGAGUACGAGUUGAAAAUUGUUGUGGCUUCACAUGAACUAAAUUCAGUUUUUAUAUUCCAGUUCACCACUUUGUUUGAAAUAUUUGAACUGAAACGUGUUAAGGUAAUGUGGCCAGGGCUAGAUGUUUAUUACAUGAUCUGUCUUUACCCGUGGGUUGUGGAGAAGGGGCAUAAACGCUGCACUUUGCUGACAACACUCGAGUAUGAGCUGUACGCCUUACAGGAGCAUUUCCAGAUGUGCGAAGCCGCGUCACGUUCUUACCUGGUCCCUGUAACGGAGAGAGCCGGCCUCUAAAGUAGCCUCGCUUCUUCAUCCCCUGCUUUUAACCUGCACUAACCAGUAGAUGGGCUCAUCCAAGCAAUACUGUGGACGCCGCUCGCGUUUGCCUUCACCGCCCUCCGCAGGUGCAGCGCGGAGUCCGGCGGAGGCCAGAAGCUGAAAGAUGUCACUGAAGACUGUCGCAGCCACAGCCAUUUUUUUUUUUUUGCCUCAGGAAGCAUGAAGUGGUUGUGAUUUUAGCACAGGGCUUAUCUGCACGUUAAUCAUAACUGUUUGUUUGUUUUUUUCUUUCUCUUUGUUUUUCUUUUGCUGCAAGACGGAUAUCAGGUCAGCCAUGAAAGUUGACACCGCAAAAGGAUCUGAAAUGAUAUACUGAAAGGAUGAUCUUAUAGGCCACAGCUGUAGUGGACGUACCUUGUUCAAAGUAUCUAUAUUGGUUUUUCUUUAUAGAAGAAAUCAAGCCUUAAUAAACUGUCCAUUCAGAAAUGACUUUGUCUUGAUUUCAUGAAUUCUCUCCGAGUUCCUUUAGAAGCGUCGGUGUACUCUUGGUGGGAGGGAGACAUCUCUGCAGGGCCGCUCUGGUGCUGCAAAGUCAGUGGAAAUUUUGAAAAAC